UCUCGUUGGCGGUAUCUUGAUUGUUCUCCUGCUUGGCUGCGUUAACAACAACGUUCGCAUUAUCACCUGGUUUGCCUGAAAAGUCUGAAAGCCAAUCGAGUGGAAUAAUUGGAUAAAAAUUACAAGCAUUCGAGCACGCCUUAAAGUAUGUUGUGAUAAUUAAUUUUACGGAAAUAACGUUAAGCAAUCAACAAUAGCAUAAUCUCUGAAUUUGCAUAAUUCAAAGUCGUUAUCGUUGUAUAAAUAUUCGCGGCGAUAUUAGCGAAUUGAAAACGAAUGCACGUACGCAAGUGGGAAGUCCUAUAUGCUAACUUAUCGCGGCGCAAACUCUCGUAAGAAAACACCGCUGUAAUUGAAGCGGCGGCGCCGAUCGGAGAUCAAGAGUAAUUAAACAAAAAGCUGAUACUUUUAUUAUACGCCGGCAGAACAAAUAAAUGUCAAAAAUCGUGCCUGAUAUAACCUUUCAUAAUCUUGGCAAAUAUAAAUAACACAAGUCAAUAGGAGAAUUAGAUUGAUUGUGUCAACAAUCGAAUCUUUUUCAAAUGAAAACGGACACAAUAAAAUAAUCAUAAAAAUAAUCUCAAAAGAAAGCGUUCGGCUUGUGUUCGAGAUAAAAAUGUGCGACUGUUCGCAAAAGCGAGACGACAAGGCUGUCGGGAAAGUCGAUCCGGAGACCGUAACUCUUUUUUCGAAGUGUCCUGCGCCGUACCGUCCCGGAAGGGACAUCCUUGAGCAUGCAAUUUUCACCGGCUCUGAUCGGAUGCCGGCCAAUUCCGUGCAAUCCAGUAGCAGCGAUGCGAUAUGCGUUUCUGCGAAAACUUCGUCGACAGACACGGAAUCCUCUAGCGAGUCGAGCAGAACGUACAAAUUCGUUUGUCCCACGGAGUAUGAUUAUUCCGGCGAAGAAGAGGGCUUUAAGUUAUCGCCGGUUUGUUUGGGGACCGACAGAAUCGAGGAGGUUGUGGAGAAGGAACCGGACAUCGAGUACACGUUAGCCAUAAUAAAGCCGGAAGCGGUGGUGUACAGGAAGGAAAUCGAGCGUCGAAUAUAUGAGGAAGGAUUCGAGAUUUGUCAGACCCGUUGGUUGCAGCUGACACCCGAACAGGUUGCGGAAUUCUACAGCAAUCGCUUCGGCGAACUGAGUUUUCCUCAUCUGGUGGCAUACAUGUCCUCGGGAUCCAUUAUAGCGUUUGUGUUAGCAAAGCAGAACGCUGUUGAAGAAUGGAAGAGACUCAUAGGGCCGACCACGGUGGCCGAAGCGCGUUUGUAUUUUCCUGACAGCAUCCGAGCGAGAUACGGUCGCAAAGGAGACAACUUAAAGAACGCCGUCCACGGCAGCUGCAGCCACGAGCGGGCCGAGAGAGAGAUCCACUUUUUCUUUCCCGACUUUGUGACUGAGCCCUUGCUGAGAGACGAGAUGGUUGAAGACUUUAUGUGGGAGACUAUCAACCCGGUUCUCGUCGAAGGUCUAACAUUGUGUUGCAAGCAGAGACCGGCCGAUCCUGUACUGUGGUUGGCGCACUGGCUGAUCCUGAACAACCCUAAUAAGCCUAAACUACCGGAAGAUCUCGCUUUAAUUCCGACAUAAUUCUCUCUGAAUCAUCUCGUACCAUCGACCUGUUCUACACUUUAAUAUAGAACACCCGACGUCU